GUGUGAGCGUGUGAGAUAGACAGAGUUGGGGGGCGUAUACGUGUGUAUGCGUGUGUGUGCGUGCGUGUGUGUGUGUGUGUGUGUGUGUGUGUGCGCGUGCGCACGCGUGUGUGCGUGUUUGUGUGUGUGUGUGCGCCGUGCGUGUGUGUGUGUGUGACAGCCAGAUCUCCUGCGCCGACUCCACGCUUUAAUCCAAAGUGGAAAGUCGAAAGAAACAAGAACAACAUAAUCCUCAUCAUCAUCAUCAUCAACAUAAAACAACAACAACAACAACAACAAACGUGCACCGGGGUUCAGAAGUGGAUUAGGAGCUCAGUGGCGAUGAAGUUGAGCGGAAAAUGAGCGGCUGCGACGCGGAGACUCGGGACGCGCGCGCGGUGUGAAACGGCAAAGGGAAGAAAAACACAGGUUACCUCUAAAAUCCUCUAAAGAACAGACACAUUAAAUGCACCACUCUACAUUUUAUAUAUAUAGAGAGAGUUCCAUCGAAGGCAAUAUGGAAAAUCUUCAUGGAUGAGAAAUUGCAUGAGCACGUCAACGUUCAUAACUUUUUAUCGUUGUGAAUAUUUUAGGCAGUGUGGUAACCCCUAAAGGAUUCCUAUGAGGUGAUUCCCACCUCAGCCUCCCUCAGGUCCCCCACCUAACGUCAGCAGCACCACGACUAAGGGAUGUCACAGGCGCUUCUUCUGGGCCUGUUCAUUUUCCUCUCCUGCACUCAGGUGUCUUCUGCCAUGUCCAUGAAACUUUUAAUGAAAGAGUGGAUAAAUUACCAAGAUGAGUGUCUCAAGAAUAUCAGCAGAGAAACACCAGUCACAGGUCUUGUGUGUAAUAGGACGUUUGAUAAAUACGCCUGCUGGCCGGACGGUUUGCCCAACACCACGGUGAGCGUCCCUUGCCCCAAGUACCUGCCCUGGCACACAAAAGUCCAACAUGGCCUGGUUUAUCUGGAGUGCAAUGCUGACGGUCAGUGGGCCAAACAGAAGAAUGCGAAUGAGUGUGAAAAUAACGAUCGGGCCCAGAACGACACGCAAUAUUAUUUCACGGUCCUCAGUAAAUUCAGGAUCAUAUACACUGUUGGUUAUUCCCUCUCACUGGGAGCGCUGGUGCUGGCACUCGGUAUCCUUGUGGCCUUCAGGAAGCUGCACUGCAUGAGGAACAACAUUCACAUGAACCUGUUUGCCUCCUUCAUCCUGCGAGCCGCCACCAUUUUCAUCAAAGACGCCUUGUUGGAGAAACCCAACAUCAACCCGAGCACCACCACGGACCUUGAGAUGGACCUGUUUGUCAGGAACGAGGUUUUACAGAUGGAUGUUGGCUGUAGGAUUGCUGUAGUGAUGAUGCAGUACAGUAUCAUAGCAAACAGCCACUGGCUGCUGGUGGAGGGAAUAUACCUGCACAACCUGCUGGCAGUCACGGUGCUGACCGAAGGGAACCACUUCAGCGUCUACCUGUGUAUCGGCUGGGGAGCUCCACUGAUCUUUGUUCUACCCUGGGUCAUCGUGAAAUAUAUCUACGAGAACGAGAAUUGCUGGGAGCAGAACAUAAACAUGGGAUACUGGUGGAUUAUUCGUUCCCCCAUCCUACUGGCAGUGCUGAUCAACUUCUUCAUCUUCAUACGCAUCAUUAAGAUCCUUGUGUCCAAGCUGAGGGCUCACCAAAUGAGAUACUCUGACUACAAGUUCCGACUCGCGAAGUCCACCCUCACCCUCAUCCCUCUGCUUGGUAGUCAUCUGGUCCUGUUUUCCUUCGUCACUGAUGAGUCUACCUCAAACGGCGCCAUCACGCUCCGGCUCACCAAACUCUUCAUCGACCUUGUCUUCAACUCCUUCCAGGGGCUGCUGGUGGCCAUCCUCUACUGCUUUGUCAACAAAGAGGUUCAGUCUGAGAUUAUGAAGUUCUGGAAGCGCUGGCGGGGGAAGGACAUUGACGAAGACUACCGUCACACCUACAGCAACACGGCUCAGGUGUCCAACAACAAACACGUCCAAGCUGCUUCCACCAAGCUGAGGCUGCCGGACGUCACCUGCACGGCCGUCUGCAGCUCCGAGGAGAAGCAGCUGCUGGCGCUGAGCUGCCAUAACGGCACGGACCGCCCGCACUUCAAUUCCAAGUCACUGGAAGGUACCAGCGGCGCCAACGGCGCAGCAGCCGAAGAGCCGAUGGUGUGCCAUCAGGACCCGCGAGGGAGCAUCGAGAGUGGGCUCUGCGGGCUCUGAGUCCACAAUCUGAGCGAGCAGCACCGAGAUAGGUGUAACGUGUCCAUGUGUGUGUGUGUGCAUGCAUAAUGUGUGUGUCAUGUGGAUGAGCGUGUGAGCACCUCAGUGAUCACUCUACACCCAUGAGCUGUCCAUCUCAUGUGAAAAAAAAAACAAAAAGAAAAACUAAAUAAAUAAAUGUUUGGUUGUAACAUGUUCACACACACCACAUCAUCACACCACCGCUGCGUCUUCAGGACACGGACCCGAAACGAAGACAUGCUGAAAAAAAAAAAAAAAAAGAAUACAAAAGCCUCAAUAAAGCUUACAACAUGAACCUCUGAUGGACACAAAAACCCGGACCGUACGUUAAGCUGUUAACGGAGCCUGCGGAUCAUUCCUCGACGUAGACACCAAAAGCGUGAAUGGAAGAAAGCGAAUACUCAUAUCGCAGGUUCUCUAGUCGUGUUUCGGGGUCCGUUCGGACAAUAGAUUGGUUCUGAAAGGCAAAUCACAAUUAUGAAAGAUUCUUAAGUAUUUAAAGUAAUUGAAAUAAUCGUGACUAAGAAUAUAAUAAUCAAAUGACUGUCUCUAAUUUUAUCCUCAUCGUUGUCUCGGAAAAUGAAAGACGCUUGAUGGUAUUUGUGUAACUUGUCAGGUUUAAUUUUGGCUGUUGUUUUUUUUUUUUUUUUUUUUUUUUUUUUUUUAUAAAGUCUCAAACAGACAAAGCUCAGUGCAAAUAACCGA